AUGCGUCCAGGGGCGCCCGGCCCACUGUGGUCACUGCCCUGCGGGGCCCUAGCUUGGGCUGUGAGCUUCGUGGGGUCCUUGAGCUUGGGUGACCCAGCACCCGGUGGGGUGUGCUGGCUCCAGCAGGGCCCAGAGGCCACCUGUGGUCUGGUGCUGGGUACAGACGUGAGCCAGAAGGAGUGCUGUGCCUCAGGCAGCGUAGACGUGGCCUGGUCCAACCUCACCUAUCCUGGGAACAAGAUCAGCCUGCUGGGCUUCCUGGGCCUGAUCCACUGUGUGCCCUGCAAAGAUUCGUGCGAAGGCGUGGACUGUGGCCCGGGCAAGGCAUGCCGCAUGCUGGAGGGCCGGCCCCGCUGCGAGUGUGCCCCGAACUGCACCGACCUCCCUGCGCGCCUGCAGGUCUGCGGCUCUGAUGGCACCACCUAUCGUGACGAGUGCGACCUGCGUGCCACGCGCUGCCGAGGCCACCCAGACCUGCGUGUCAUGUACCAAGGCCAUUGCCGCAAGUCAUGUACACACGUGGUGUGCCCAUGGCCACAGUCAUGCGUCGUGGACCAGACGGGCAGUGCCUACUGCGUGCUGUGCCGCUCUGCACCCUGCCCGAUGCCCUCCAGCCCUGGCCAGGAGCUGUGCGGUAAUAACAACGUCACCUACAGCUCCUCAUGCCACCUCCGCCAGGCUACCUGCUUCCUGGGCCGCUCCAUCGGCGUGCGUCACCGCGGCAGCUGCACGGGGGCCCCUCAGCAUUUAGACACCGAGUCAGAGGAGCAGAAUUUUGUGUGA